UACUGCCCCCGCCUAUGCGCGACUCUCCAGGCGGAGCGGGAGGUGCGCUCGCUGCCUUGGCAGCGCUGGGCGGACGGACGGACUAAGGAUGAUCAGCCGGAUGAAAACGGCGGUCGCUCAGCUGGUUGGCGGUGUCGCUUCUGGCGCCGGCCACGGCUCGAACCCCGGCGGCAGUGCGGAGCGCUGCGCCAGAUAUCCGUAUUCGCGGCCGCCGUUCCUGCUCCUGAGCCCCGACGAAGCGCAGCGGGCGGCGGAUCACAACAGCAGACCUAUCCUGGUACCUGGGCAAGGCAGGAAGAAGUUGCUGCCCUGGGACGCGGGGUACGCCGAGGUGAUUAAUGCAGGAAAAAGUCCCCUCAAUGAAGAUCAAGCUACCCGUGAAGUAGUAGUUGUGGAGAGUAGGAAUCCAAGGAACAGCACGGGACCCAAGACGAUCAACGAAGAUGGUGACAAUAUAGACAAGGAAGGGAAUGGAUUUACAUUCCAUUACUGGGCAUUGUUUGAUGGCCAUGCAGGCACAGGUGCUGCUGUCAUGGCCUCGAGACUGCUUCACCUCCACAUCUGCGAACAGCUGCGUGACAUUGUCAACAUCCUACAAGACUCUGAUGUACCGCCACCAAUCUGCCUUUCCAGUGACCCAGAGGCGGUAACAGCAGAUGGUGCAAAGAGCCACGAACAUCAGGGGGACUGGGAACCCCCCACUGACAGUGAAUCACGCUUCCUGCUGGAGAAGGAAAUCUCGCAUGAGUACCUGGUCAUUGGUGCAAUAGAAAAUGCCUUUAAGCAGAUGGACAAACAGAUUGAAAGGGAACGGAGCUCUUACUGCAUUCUGGGCGGCUGCUGUGCUCUGGCAGUUAUCUACCUUCUGGGAAAAAUUUACGUGGCAAAUGCAGGUGACAGCAGAGCUAUUUUAAUCCGCAAUGGAGAAAUUAUUCCACUGUCCAAUGAAUUCACUCCUGAAUCAGAGCGGCAGAGAUUGCAAUAUUUAGGAUAUUUACAGCCGCAUCUGCUUGGAAAUGAGUUCACGCAUUUGGAAUUUCCAAGGAGAAUUCAGCACCGGGAAAUUGGACGCAAGAUGUUGUUCCGGGAUUAUAGCAUGACUGGCUGGGCAUACAAGACGAUAGAAGAGGAUGACUUGAAGUUCCCACUGGUGUAUGGUGAAGGCAAAAAGGCACGCGUCAUGGCAACUAUAGGAGUUACUCGGGGACUGGGAGAUCAUGACUUGAAGGUUCACUAUUCCAACAUCCACAUCAAACCUUUCUUGUCUUGCAUGCCAGAGGUGAAAGUAUAUGAUGUGAAAAAGUAUGAGCAUGGUGUGGAUGAUGUGAUAGUGAUGGGGACUGAUGGUCUGUGGGACGUUGUCUCAGAUCGAGAGGUGGCAGAUACGGUCAUUCGCGUGCUUUCCAGCUGUGAUCCUGAUGACCCCAACAGGUUCACACUGGCAGCUCAGGACUUGGUGAUGAAAUCCCGUGGAGUUUUGAAGGACCAUGGGUGGCGAUUGUCAAACGACAAGCUGGGCUCGGGCGACGACAUAUCCAUCUUUGUCAUUCCUCUUUAUGGGCAGACGUGACUGGCCUUAGAACAGCCUAUCCUUGGACUCUGCAAAGACUGGGAAAUGGAUCUACUCACCUAUAAAUAACAGAGACCCAAGAGACUGCAGAUGCUGGAAUCUGGAGCAAAAAACAAACUCCUGGAGGAACUCAGUGGGUCUGACAGCAUCUGUGAAGGGAAAUGGUCAGUCAUCUGGUCAAUGGACCAGUCCAGGUGAAGGGUCUCGACCCGAAAUGUCGACUGUCCAUUUCCCUCCACAGAUGCUGCCUGACCCGCUGAGUUCCUAGAACAUAGUACAGUGCAGCACAGGAACAGGCUCUUUGGCCCAUGACACUGUGCCAAGUUCCUCCGGCGGUUUUUUGCUGCAUCUAUAAAUAAUCUAUUUAAAUUGAUUUGUCCCUCACUAGUGUAAUAUAAUCCUUCUUGAAAGCAAGAACCUUCACUUAUAGGGUGCCUUUCACGACCUCUCAACAUUCCAAAGUGUCUUAAGGUUGUGUAUUCGCUGCGGGAAUGUCUGAAAUCUGUCACUCUAUUUGCCCAUUACAAGUUCCUAGAAAACAAUGUGAUAAAUGGUCUAAUAAAUCAUGUUAUUGGGUAUUAGACAAGGCAAGAUAUUAGCGUUAACAAUCACGUGUACACCCCUGCUGUUCUUCAAGUAGUAGAUUUUUAUAUCCACCUGAGACUGUCCUCAGUUUAAAACCUUAUCCAACAGACUGCACCUCAAUAUUGCACUGCGGGUACUCAUCUGGAUUAUGUAGUCAAGCCUCAGGAACAGGAUAUGAAACUACAAUCCUGUGACUCAGAGGAGGAGAAGAUUUCUACUGAGACGUACUGACAUUCAUGAUGUGUACGUUUACCCCUUAACUGCUGCAAAGAAGUAAGUUUUCCAGAAUAUAUCCUGAGACUGGCUACUGAUCAGGUCACAGUGCUUUGCUGGGUGAUCAUGCUGCUCUGAGAUAGGUAAAUUCAAAAGCAAAGUGCUGAGGAUGCUGGAAAGCUGAAAUAGAAAUAAAAUCCCAGAAAGCUAGUUUCACACUGGCCUCAUCUACAUGUUUUAUUAACCUGAAGUUUUUGGACUUUAUAGGUACUUAUGAAAUGAGGAAAAAUAGACACUCUGUAAAUACAUAAUAUUAACAGAAAUGCUGGAGAGGCAGAUGGCAGGUGCAUUUAGACUUUCCCACCUCUCCAAGAUUUCCCUGGAAUAUCCAGGAAUUGAAGACUCCAGGAUACGGUUGCGAGCAAAAAUUAUAGUGGGUAAUGACAAUGUCCUUCAAGCAUUUUUUUUAAAAAAAUGAUUACUGAAAAUAUAGGUUGUAAGGAAAAAGACUGGACAGGGUAGUUAGAGAUGGGGAGCAUAUGAUAUAAAAUCAGGGUGUUGCCAACUCUAUGGUCAAAAGAGUUCAUCCAACUAGAAAGACCUAUCAUUAUUUCUUUCCCCCAACCCCCAUCUCUCCAACCCUGCUCUUCCCAGGGCAGGAUCCAGCUGUUAAAUGACAAUGACACAAAAUGCUGCAGAUGCUGGAAUCUGGAGCAACAAACAAUCUGCUAGAGGAACUCAGCAGGUUCAGCUGCAUCUGUGGGGUGGGGGAAUGAAUUGACAUUUCAGGUCAAAAAUCUGCAUCAGGACCAAUAGUCUUGAUGCAGUAAUUUUGACCUGAAACGGCAAUAAUUCCUUUCACCCCACAGAUGCUGCUUUAUUCACUGAGUUCCUCCAGCAGAUUGCUUGUUGCUGUUAAAUGAUGAUUCCACAGGUUCAUCUUGUUUACUGCACACAGGCAUUUGUUCUAUGCAGUGCUCACUAUGUGUGUAUGUUGUCUUAAGAUUUAGAUCAAUCAUAAUAACAAAUGAGCAUUCACGAUCAGAAACAUGUUUGGACAGUAACCUGAUGCACAGCCCUGUAAGACAAAUGAGGAAAAACAGAAUUCACUUAUUCACAUCUUGGGUGCAAUUACAAAUACUUACAUUAGUUGAUUUUAUUCAUAUCAGGCUGGAGAUCAUGAUGUUACAAGUGGGGGAGGAAGUCUGAUUUAUAUGUCUUUAACCAAAAUCCACAGCCAGGUUUGCUGUUUAUUCAUUUACAGUAUUUGGGAAUUGUUGGCAAGGCCAGCAUCUACUAGACAUCCCGAUGUCCCGUAUUGAGAAAAUAGUAGUGAGCUGUCUUCUUGGAACUUCUGCAGUCUGUGCAAUGGGAAGGUACUCAUAGAAGGGCUGUUGAGCAAGGUUUCACCAACUCUUAUUAUUACUGCAAGAUGAAGUCAGGAGGAAAACUCUCCACAAACGUAUGUGCUAGAUGCACCCUCAGAGGGCACAUGCUGAGUGAGCCUUUCAGCUGACCUGGUCUAUUCUACUAUUCAAUUAGAUCAGAACCAUCUUAUUUGCAAGCUCCUUACCUUGGUUCUGUAAACCUUAUUGCCCUUGUCCAAAAACAUCUGCUAAACUCUGUUCUGAAACACCAAACUCCAAGACCUGGGACUCAACACCUACCUCUGCAAAUGGAUCCUUGACUUCCUGACCAACAGACCGCAAUCAGUAAGGAUAGGCAGCAACACCUCCGGCACGAUUAUUCUCAACACUGGUGCCCCACAAGGCUGUGUCCUCAGCCCCCUACUCUACUCCCUAUACAGUCAUGACUGAGUGGCUAGAUUCUGCUCUAACUCAUCUACAAGUUUGCAGAUGAUACCACCGUAGUGAGCUGUAUCUCAAAUAACGAUAAGUUGGAGUACUGGAAGGAUAUAGAGAGCUUAAGUGACAUGGUGCCAUGACAAAAACCUUUCCCUCAAUGUCAGCAAAACAAAAGAGGUGAUCAUUGACUUCAGGAAGGGGGACAGUGCACAUGCACCUGUCUACAUCAAUGGUGCUGAGGUUGAGAGGGUUGAGAGCUUCAAGUUGCUAGGAGUGAACAUCACCUAUAGCCUGUCCUGCUUCCAUUGCACAAAGCCGUGAUCAAAAUCCCAUCCAGAGUACUGCAUGCAGUUUCAAUUGCAGUAUCUUGAAGGGUGCACUGGCACAGGAGAGGCUACAAUACAGGCUCCCAGGAACAAUUUUAGGGCUUAAGAGGAUUAAAUUACAAAGUCAGGUUGACAAUAUUGACAAUUUGAUGGAAGGGAACGGCAGUGGUAUUGCUGAUUUGACAGAAGUGUAUAAAAUGUUAAAGUGAUUUGAUGGGGUACAUAGAAACUAAAUCUUCUGAAAUUAAGAAUUAGGAGGCAUAAGAUCAAAAUUAGAGCUUGGCCAUAAAGGAGUAAAAUGAGGAAACAGUUUUUUUACUCACAAAGAGCAGCAGAAAGUCUGUAAGUGAAUGUAAGUAAAAUGUUGCUCUCCAUAAA